AUUUUAUGUCGUAUCACGGUUACCGACUACAUCUUCUCGUUCCACCUCUCUUGUUCCGUUCGAUCGUUAUCUCCACUCCACUUUCAGUAGGAACCAUUCCUGUAAAUGGCUGACAAUGAGGAAGAGAAGGAGACUGGUCCAAGGGGAAAUGAGUGGGAAGUUGUAUCACUCUCUGCUUCAGCAUAUGCUGCUGCUCCUGGACCCGAACCGGUCGGCUCGAGGCAAGAUAGCGUAACAGAGUUCGAUAAGCAUGAGGGUGAAACUUCAGAUGCCAUGUUUAUGUCUGGCCACUUUGUUUUUCCUCCGAGUCAGCAUGAAAAUUUGCCGAUUGAACCUGAAUUCAGUGAAUCGGACAGUGAAAAGGGCGGACAAGAUGAUGUUUCUCAGUUGGGUGAAGAAGAUAGAGCUAAAUCAGAUGCCAAGGAUGAAGGCAGUGCAAGUAUUGAAGGACUCAUGGCUGAAGAGCUUCCUGGAAUUCAGGUACUUAAUGAAAAAGGAAUUGAUGAUUCUGUUGAACCUCUUGAUUGUUAUGUGGAUCCCGACUUUCCAAAUUUCCAGAAGCCCAUUGAGGGGGACAAAUACGAUGAUGCUGACCUUCCUUGUGAAGCUUGGUGGAAAAGACAUGCCUUUUCAGUGUAUGCUCAUGCAAAAGAAGCAAAUACGGUCUGGUCUAUUUUCCUGGCCGCAGCUGUUAUGGGACUUGUAAUAAUCGGUCACCAGUGGCAGCACGAGAGAUGGCAGGUUUUGCGCCUAAGGUGGCAGUUUGAUAUUAAUGAUGAGGCAGCUUAUACUCUUUAGCUAGACCAAUGCUUUUGAAGAGGAUGAGCAGGUUGCUUGCUCCCAUAUCCCGCCUUAAAGAAAUGGCAAUUGGUGGCCACCGACGUGGUUCACUUGUUAGAGGGAGCGCCUCAUCAGAACGCUGAGAUGAUGACGAAAUGUUUUAUUAGGGGGGAAACUGGAAAGAGUUCUAAUGCAUGUCAUAUGCAAGUUGUACAAAUUUGAUCUGUAUGUCUCUCAACUAAGCUUGUUCAUAUUUUCAUUGUCAUACUGCCAUCAUGAUAUGGGGUUUUAUUGAUAAUCAAACUUUGGUGUUAGAGUUA